AUGGGCUCCACUCAACCCGAAUUCAAGAACCCGGCUACCGCCACUCUGCUGGAGUUGGUCAAGUCCCGCCGUUCAUACUAUGGCCUCAAGGCUGAGAGCCCUGUCUCUGACGAUGUCAUUGAGCGCAUUGUCCAGGACUCCGUUCUGCACGUUCCCAGCUCCUUCAACACCCAGACCUCCCGCGUCGUCCUCCUGCUGAAGGAGGAGCACCAGAAGGUGUGGGAUAUCACUAUUAAGAUCAUGGAGGGCCUGGUUGCGGCCGGCCACGUCCCCAAGGAGAUGUUCGAGACUUCCACCAAGCCCAAGCUGGAGUCCUUCCGCGCUGCUUACGGAACUGUCCUUUUCUUCGUCGCCUUUGACUCUCUCGCUCCUAUCAAGGAGAAGUUUGCUCUCUACGCUGACAAGUUCAACCCCUUCGCUUUGGAGUCGAAUGCUAUGUCUCAGUUCCUCGUCUGGACUGCUCUUGAGUCUGAGGGCUUCGGCGCUAACCUGCAGCACUACAGCCCUCUGAUCGAUGAGGAGGUUGCCAAGACUUGGAACCUCCCCGCCUCAUGGAAGUUGGACGCCCAGCUGGUCUUCGGUGUUCCUACCUCUGAGCCCAAGGAGAAGACUUUCGCUCCCCUUGAGGAUCGUCUUAAGGUCUUUGGUAAAUAG